AGAUUUGAAAGUAAGGUGUAGCGUUUUCAUUUCAGUUGCUCGUUUCGUUUUGGAAAGUACAAUCUCAGAACUUUACAAAUUUUUGAGAAAUGGAUAGAUUAAGUUCUAAUCAGUUAAACGGCGAGAUUCUUGAUAUAAUGCAAGUGGGUAACGAUGGCGAUGGCGAUUAUGUCGAAAGCAAGGCACGAACAUUACGUCUUAACGAAGUCCUUAAUCGAAAGCGAGGGCAGGAAGGCUAUGAUGAGAAUUAUUUCCGUAUGUAUGGACGCAUCGAGCUGCACGAAUGGCUACUGAAGGAUUCUGUGCGCAAUCAGGCCUACCGUGCGGCGAUUUUACACAAUCAAAGUAAUUUUAAGGACAAGAUUGUGCUCGAUGUGGGCUGUGGCACUGGGAUACUCUCGCUAUUCGCAGCCAAGGCAGGAGCAGCCCAUGUUAUUGCAGUUGAUGCUGCCAAUAUUGUGGAGUACGCUCGUCGUGUUUUCAAGGAUAAUGGCUUUAAGAAUAUCAUUUCAGUGGUGAAGGGUAAAAUCGAGGAGAUUGAACUACCCCAUGGCGUAGAAAAGGUCGACAUCAUUGUAUGCGACUGGAUGGGAAAUUGCCUGUUUGCUGAGGGCAUGCUGGAAUCACUGAUAUUUGCCCGGGACAAGUGGCUGAAGCCAAAUGGACUGAUCUUUCCCGACACAGCUCAACUGUAUCUAACGGCCAUUACACAGAACAUGCAUUCGGAACGAGAUCUCACCUAUUGGAACAAUGUCUAUGGCUUUGAUAUGAGUUGUAUACGUCGCUGUUUCGAGUCGAAAGCUGUGGUGGAAGCCAUCGAAGAGCAGCAACUGAUGAGCGAGGUAUUCUUAAUCAAAUCGAUCGAUUUGUAUACUGCCCGCUAUCAGCCAACAGUUAACUUUCGAUCCUUCUACGAACUGAAAAUGACACGCAGUGGCCCAGUUCACGCCCUUUUGGCCUACUUCGAUGUGGGCUUCAGCAAAACUCCGGAUCUUGUCAGCUUUAGCACUUCGCCUCGGAAGUCCUGGACACACUGGAAUCAAACUGUCUUUUAUUUCAAGGAUCUUCUGCCCGUGCGAGCGGGUGAGUAUAUCAAGGGUGUAUUCGGCCUUAAGCCAAAUUCACACAAUAAACGCGAUCUGGAAUUCGACAUCUACAUCGAUUUCGAGGGCAAGGAAAAAUGCAUUACAAGCAAUCAGUCGUAUAUAUUAUGCCAUGCCCCAGCCGUGGAAGAUGUCUAGAGAGAUGACUAAAUAUAUUUGGCAAUGAAAAGUUUUUGUAUAAAAAAUAAACUAAAAAAUAAU